AUAAAUAAAGAAGUCAUUCAGCUCUUCGCCACACAAAUCGCAAAUGUACGCGUGUCCGGUAAAAUUAGAAAGAAAAAACAACUGAACUAUUAACUCCAUACCUUUAAGGAUCUUAAAUAAAUUUUCAAUAAAUAUUGGAAAAUGUUGGAUCGUUGCGAAAUGCCGAUUCAAAUAGACAACGAUAAAUUGCGGCGCGUGAGCGCUGUUGUCGAUCGCGACAAUCGUCUCUCGAAUUCACGCAUCGAUCUGCCCAAUGUGUGCAAUGGGGGCGUUGGUGGUGGUGGUGUUAUUGGUGGCAAUGGUAUAGCGCGCGGCGCAUCGCGCUCUGGCCGUUGCCUUGAUGUGCACAACAACCAUUUGAACAGUCACAGUCACAACCAUCAUAAUGGCCAUCAUCAGCGCAGCCCGACCAGCGGCAACAACAAUAACAAUAGCAACAGCAACAAUAAUAGCAACAGCAACACCAAUACAAAUAACAAAAACCAACAACAACAGACAACUAUUGCCAAUAAACAAAUUAACAGCAGCAGCAACAACAACAAAAACAAUGGUCACAAUAACAACAAUAGUAACAAUAAUAUUGGCUCACCAGUAUCAUCGACAACGAUCUCAUCGCAUGGCAACAGCUCGACAAGCGGCGGCGAGCGGGGCUCAUCGACCAAAUCGAAUAGCAGCAGCGGCAGUGGCAGCAGUGACAAUAUGAAAUGCAUUACGCCGAUGACGCCGUCAGAGCUCGUCAAAAAGUUCCGCAACUAUUUAACUGAUGUAGAAUUUGAAGAACUGAAGGUCUACAAGGAAAUUUGGUACUUUGGACAGAAUGCAAACAAAAAUUAUAAUAAAACAACAACGAACGGAACUGCCAAUGCGGGCUUCGACGAUGACAAUGGAAAUUAUAAAAUUAACGAGCACGAUCACAUUGCCUUCCGCUAUGAGAUACUCGAAGUAAUCGGCAAGGGUAGCUUCGGUCAAGUUAUACGCGCCAUGGAUCACAAAACCAAUACGUAUGUGGCCAUUAAGAUUAUACGUAACAAAAGGCGUUUCCUCAAUCAGGCUGUGGUAGAAUUGAAUAUUCUCGAUGAAUUGCGCGAAAAGGACGCCGAUGGAUCUCAUAAUGUCAUACAUAUGCUGGACUAUACUUAUUUCCGAAAGCAUUUGUGCAUCACAUUCGAGUUGUUGAGUCUCAAUCUCUAUGAAUUGAUCAAGAAGAAUAAUUACAAUGGUUUCAGCAUGAGUUUGAUUAGACGCUUUUGCAACUCUAUUGUUAAAUGUUUGCGUUUGCUUUACAAGGAGAAUAUCAUACACUGUGAUCUCAAACCGGAAAAUAUUCUGCUUAAACAACGUGGCAGUAGCUCAAUAAAAGUGAUCGAUUUUGGCAGCUCUUGUUAUGUGAGUCGUAAAAUUUACACAUACAUACAAUCAAGAUUUUAUCGCUCACCGGAGGUGAUACUUGGACUGCAAUAUGGCACCGCUAUCGAUAUGUGGAGUUUAGGCUGUAUCCUCGCCGAAUUAUACACCGGCUUUCCGCUCUUCCCCGGCGAGAACGAAGUCGAGCAGUUGGCCUGCAUCAUGGAAGUGCUCGGCCUACCGCCGAAAGAGCUCAUCGCUAAUGCCACUCGCCGUCGAUUAUUCUUCGAUUCACGCGGCGCGCCACGUUGCACCACCAACUCCAAGGGUCGCAAGCGACUACCGAACGGCAAGUCACUCUCACAGAUGCUCUUCUGCCAAGAUCGUUAUUUCAUCAACUUCCUGCAGCGUUGCCUCGAAUGGGAUCCAGCGGAGCGCAUGACACCCGAAGAAGCAGCACAUCAUGAAUUCCUGCAAAACUCCUCGUCCAGUCGUCAUCGCAGCUGCCGCAUGUCCAACUCAUCAUCGACUGGCGGUCUCAAUAAUAGCUCUUCACAAAAAUCAUCCUGCUACAGUUUCACCGAAGUCUCACCACCCACAAAUGCCACCAACGCGAACCCCAACAAUAGUGCGGGCAAUGGUAGUGGCAGCGGCAAUGGCAGUGGCGCUGUGGUAGCCUCCAUCACCAGCACCACAGCAGUUAGCAAUGCGGCCAUUACCACGACGACGAACAAAGCGACAACCACCACACAAUCGCGCUCAAAUGGUUUGGCGCAACAUGCGCAUCACGCCAGCUCUUCCGGCCAUCUACCCGACAUCAAGCUCAGCGCCAGUGACAAGUACAGCAGCAUGCAAAAGGUCGCCGUACGCUCGAAGAUCACCUCGUCCGUAUCGGAUUUGGAUGCGGUGCCGCAAUAUGCGUUGCAUCGCAGCAUUUACGGCACCAAUGGAAUGACACAUAGCGGCACUGCAGCGCGUAAGCAUCUCAUUACAAGUGGCACCAUCGCCACAACGUCAAGCAAAUAUGGCUUGGGCUUGGGUAGUGGCAGCGGUGGCGCGCACAGUCACCUAAUGCAUCAGAGCACAACAAUGGGCAAUGUGGCACAUCACGGCGGGGGCGGCGUUAGUGGUAGCGGACACAGUAAUGGUCACAGCGGUGGCGGUGCCGGCGGGAACGGUGCCAGCAACAAUAUGUCACACUCACAAUCAACGGGCGAUGUGUCAGCGAUCUUCGGACGUGCUUGACUUCGCGCGCGUCCCACAAAACUUGAGCUCAAAAAAUGCAAACUAGUCAAUAUGGUGGAUUUUUGGAGCUAGAAGUGGAAGUAAGUGGCGCUGAUGGUGACGUGUGAGGCGAGGAAUGAUGAGAAAUUUUGAACUGAAGCAGAGUGGAUAGAAGCAGCGUGUGAGAAAGCGGGAGGGGAAAAGGCAAGCUAAGUGUGAGAAAAAGCUGAAUUUUGACUGCCUUUGAGGGUAACUAACUCACGCGCCCGGGCAGAUUGCUUGGAUUUUUUCUUCUUGUUUUGUUUCAAAUGUAGCGCUACUUAGCCAACGGCGCUGCGCAUGCAACAUAAAAAAUAUUGUAACUUUAACUGAGCAUUAGUAAAACAUAUAUAACCUAUAUAUAUUGUACAUAGAUAUAAGUCUAUUUUUGGCCUCGUUGUACGCGUGGAAAUGCAGCAAGAAAAGCGGUUUAGAGAUUUUGGUGAAUAAAAUAAUUUCUUUUCUCUUACGUAGUUAAACGCGGAUACUCCAUAUGGGGCGAAUUUAUAUUCAAAUAUUGUCAUAUAAAAUAAUAUAAAAUUAAAAAAAAAGCACAAAAAAAAACAUAUAACUAACCCAAAAAAUGUAUUUAACUCUCUCAAAAACACUAGCGACCAGUAAAACACAAAAGAAAAUUUUAUGAUUAUAAAAUAUUUUCUGCGCUGCUUGUGGCAAAUAUAGCCUGGAAAUUUGCUCGUUUUAAAGUGUGCUUUGGCACUCGUUAUUUUAAGGAAAUAACUGCCCGAAAUUACUUUCAAUAUUUUUUAGUAAAGCUCAAGUUUCAGAAUUGAAAAACUAUACGAGUAUUCUCUUGCUACUGGAUUUAUUGAAAAUUCUGAGGAAAUAGUUAAAAAAUUGUUUUAGAUUUUAAAAUAUUUUACCAAAUCUUGGGUUUGAGCAAACAAAAAUUAUUAUGAAUUAUGAAAAAACAAAAAAAUUCUAAGAAAUCAACAUCAAUUUUAUCGAAGAUCGAGUUUGAGAAAUGAUGAGUGAUCUGAGUAUUUUCGAACUACUAAAUUUGUGGAAAUUCCGACAUAGCCAGCUCUCCUAAAAUUCUGAAAAAUUUUCAUACUUCAAUGAAAUUUCGUAAAAAAAAAGUAGUUAAAGAAAUAAUCACGCAUUAUACAACAACAAAAUUAAUUAACAUAUCUGAAAAAACAAAAAAGAAAAAUAAAAAUAAAAAAUGUGUAUUCUCUAUUUUUCUUCUUUUGAAGAACUGAAGUUGGACUGUAAAUCAAUAAAUAAAUAAAGUAAAAAGAAAUUUUAAUUAUUUUCCAACCACCAAAUUCAUUAACAUUUCUGAUUUCAAACAUUUCUUAUUUCUAAAAAAAUGCGUUUUGUAAAAUUCAAAACAAAAAAAAAAUAUUAAAAAUAAAUGUUGAAAUUUUUUAAUAGUACCAAGGCAUGCAAUACCCAAAGCCAGUAGCAGAAUAGUUUCAAUUUUCAUCGAUUUAUACAUAUGUCUUUAGUCUCUGAGCUGUCAAAUUUUAUUAAUUACUCUAAUUGUUAAUUUUCGUUUAUGGAUUUUGUCAUGCCAGCCACCAAAAGUAGGAAUAAAAUAAAAUUGCUCUUGUUGUUUUUGCUCUACUGCUGCAAUUAUUUUGAAAACUUCUCAAAAGUUGUAUCAAAGAAAUUAAGAUUCAGGUUACACUGGUUGCCACUCCCUAUUAGGGAAUCGAGAGGGUCGCGUAGAACCCAUAGGAGGCCCAUUGAAAUAUGCGGCAAAAGUGGAUAAUUUUAAUUAUAAAAAUUCAAGGUUUCAACUUGGAAAGUAACAAACAUUUUCCGGUUAAAACGAUUUUUUUGUAAUUUUUAAAAAUUCCGCAAAAAAUUUUUUAAACUUAAAAUAUUUUUGUUUUUUUGUUUUUUUAAUUCUAAAAUUAUGUCAGAGUUUUAGUGUGAAAAGCAAGCAUGAGACGAGUAUUUUCUAGUAAAAAUUUCUUGACCUUUUAAAUCUUAAAAAUUCACUGUUAAACUUCAAAUCGAAAAGUUUUUUAAAAUUUCAAAAAAUUCCUUAUUAAAUUCAAAACCAAAUGUUUUCUUUGAAUUUAAAAAAUUUAGAAAUUCUCUAUUAAAUUUCAAAUCGAAAAGUUUUUUAGAAUUUCAAAAAUUCAAUAAUAAAAAAUAAAUAAAAAAUUCCAAAUAAUAAAAAAAGGACAAAUAAUUAUGAAAGCGCGAGUUCGAGAAAUCAAGAGUUUUAUAAGAUUUUUUGGGGUUUUUUGGGUUGCUUUUUUUUUUUAAUUCUAUAAUUUUUUCUUUGUUUCAUUACUUCUAAAAAUAAUUUUCAGAACUCUUAGUAUAAUUAAAAAAAAUUCUUUUACAAGAAAACACAAAAAAAAAUUUCUAAAUCUCGAAUUUCAAUAUCAAAAAUAAAAAAAAAGUAGAGAAAAAAUUGCCGCGUUUCUUGCGCAUUUCCCGCUACCUUUUGACUUUGUGCUCAUUUUAAUAGUAAAAUUUUGUAUGAGCAAACCUUAGGCUAUAAUUCGAAGAAAUGUUUGUAUGUGUAUGAGUGUUUUUGAAGUAAUCUUACAUAUAUAUAUAGAAUCUAGUGUAGUUGUUGUAAGUUGCAAAUAUAAUGAACGAAGGUAGUUAGCAAGUGAGCCCCAAUGGAAUAUAAAUGAAAUUAAUCAAGUGAAGUAAAAAGAAACAAAACAAAAAAAUUAAUAAAAGAAAAAUAUUAAAAAAAGAACUUUAUGAAAUAUAAAAAAUAUGUAUAAAUCAGUAAUUUAAAAUUAUUAAAAUAUGCUUAAAGAACAAAAUUAAAAAAUAAAAAACAAAUUUGUAACUAAGAAAUAAAAUUGUACUAAAAAAAAUUGAUCAAUUGACGAAAAAAAAUUAAGUAACGGUAUAAUUGAGUUGUUAUAGCUUAUAAUGAUAAAUGGGAUAAAAAUUACAACAAAAUGAGAUAAAAAUUAGAAUCAAAUAAAAAAUGUAAAUGUAGGCAAAACUUGUAAAGAAAUCAUAAGUUAAAAAACACAUAAAAAGCAGAAAAUUUAAAAAAUAAUUAUAAAAAAAAAAUCACGCCAUUCAUUGGUAAAUCGUGAAACAUUCUUGGCAUAAAACAAUUUCCAUAUGUUUAGUCUUACUGUUUUUAGUAAAUUUUUACAUAAACUGCCUUUGAUUCAUUGUAAAUAAAAUACACGAAUACAUACAUAUUUACCCAUGGGAUGACGUAUAUGCAUCAAGCAAAACACAAAAACAAAACAAAAAAAAAAAACAAAUUAAUGGGACAAAAAUUCCAUUGCCAUGCAUCACACAAAUUUCCAAAA